AUGCUUAAUAAUCGUCAACGUAUUAUUGAAUGUAUACGAACACCUAUUCAUUUAUUAUUGCAAGGUGAAACCGGUGUUGGAAACAGUAGUCUUAUACUUGAUGUUGCUGCUGAUCUUCAAAAACCAUUAAUUCGUUUUAAUCUUUCGUCAAAAACUGAUAUUGGUGGCUUAUUUGGUUCAGUUAAAUUAAAAACAGUCAAAAAUGCAAAUGAUCAACGACAAGAAAUUGAAUUAGAUUAUGAAGAAGGUCCAUUUACAACAGCUUAUCGUAAUGGUCAAUGGCUUUUAUUAGAUGAAAUGAAUUUAGCACCACCAAACGUUCUUCAAGCAAUUGAACAAGCAUUGGAAUCCGGUGUAUUGACAAUACCAAAUAUUGAAGAUGAGGAUAAUGUUGAAGAACAACAAAAUCAAGCAAAACAAAAUUGUCGUGUCUAUCAAAUACAUUCAGAAUUUCGUCUUUUUGCAACACAAAAUCCAUCAACAGGCAAAUAUAAAGGCGCACGUGAUACACAAUCAACAGCUCUAUUAAAUCGUUUCAGUAUUUUUAUUGUUGAAGGACCACAAAAUGAUGAAUUAGUCGAUAUUGUUACAAAUAAAUUAAAAAAUGAAAAAUUUCCUUUUGCAACUCAAACUACACAAAUGGUAAAUUUACAUUUGAAAAUCAUGGAAAUCAUUAAAGAUAAUGAUUUCAAAGAACGAAAUAGAAAUUAUUCUGAAAUAACCAUACGUGAACUUUUUCGUUGGUGUCAAAGUUUAUGUGAUUAUGAAAAGAUGUUAAUUAAAGGCUCACAAACAGUUAGUAAACUUGCUCCUAAUAUAUUCAAUCAAAUUCUUACUGAACAAGCAUAUGCUAUUUAUGGUUUACGAUUUCGUGAAGAACAAAGUCAAAGUCAAAUUGCAAGAAUUAUCGAAAAUCUCUUUCGUCUCAGUCCAAUACCCUCGUCAAAAUUAUCGAUUGAAUAUCGUCCAAAUAAUAAUGCUGUUGCAUUUCUAUCCCAACAACGUUUAUUAUUACAAAUGUCAAUAGUUUUUCUUGAUCUUGAAAUAAUUGUUGAAACUUAUAUAAAUCUAUGUCGAGAUGAAAAACAACGAAUGGAAAUUAUUAAAUAUAUUGCUGCAGAAUUUAGUAAACCUGUAACAGAUCUUUCAAAAUCUGCUUCAUCACUUUCAUCUGCUCAUUCAUCAUUUUAUCUAGAUGAUGAAGCUAAUCGUAUUGCACAAUUUAUUUUAGCAACAUCACCAUCACAACCCAUUCUGAUUGUUGGUCCAGAAGGAUGUGGUAAAAGUCGUCUUGUUCAAGCAAUAGCUACAUUAACAAAUGUUCGUUGUCAACAUUUAUAUUUAACACCACAAGCCGAACCAGCAGCUCUUGUUGGCUCUCUCGUACCACAUCCAAAAUUACCACGUUGGCAUGAUGGUGCUGUAAGCGAAGCGAUUACUAAAGGACAUUGGCUUAUUCUUGAAAGCUUUUCUGAGGCAUCAUCAGCUGUUCUUGAACGUUUAAAUCCUGUUCUUGAACAACCACCUCAGUGGGUUAAAGUAGAAAAUAAUGAAACAGAACCUGUACCAGCUAAUCCUAAUUUUCGUAUUAUUGCUACAAUGUCUCCACCAACUGGUUGA